AUGCACAACAGCACCCCCGAAAUCCCCCCUGCGGCUGGAGCCUCCAACGGGACCUGGUCCACACAGCCCCCGAGCUCUGAGUUCUCCCUGGGUGUGUUGGUGCUGCUGGCUGUCCUCAUGGUGCUGCUGGCUCUGGUGACCAUCCUUGGCAAUGCCCUGGUGAUCCUUGCCUUCAUCCUGGACAGAAACCUCAGGCACAGGAGUAACUAUUACUUUCUCAAUCUUGCCAUUUCGGACUUUGCCGUGGGUGCAUUCUGCAUGCCUCUCUACAUCCCUUAUGCCCUGACAGGGACGUGGCACUUGGGCAGAGAUGUCUGCAAGCUCUGGCUGGUUGUGGACUACCUCGUGUGCACAGCUUCAGUAUUUAACAUUGUCCUUAUCAGCUACGACCGUUUCCUCUCAGUCACCAGAGCU